UGAAGGCAUGCCAUAUUCAUCAAUUAAUAAGCAUGGGGCCAAAGAAUAUCUGAGUUUCAAACCAAUGAAGCAAUGCAAUACAAUACUGGAAUAACUACUGACAUCUGACGUAAAAAAAACACAAUUAUUAUUUAGUAGCUAUUUCUGAUGAUGUUAUUUCAAUUCAUCCACAGCCAAUGCUUUUAAUGCCAACAUCCAAGCAAAUACUGAUUCAGCCUCUUCUAAUGGAUCCAAUGCUGUUAAUUCCAACAGCCAAGCAAGAACCAGUUCAGCCUCUUCUAGUGGAUCCAAUGCUGUUCAUUCCAACUACCAAACAAAUACUAGUUCAGCCUCUUCUAGUGGAUCCAAUGCUGUUUAUUCCCACAGCCAAGCAAAUACUAGUUCAGCCUCUUCUAGUGGAUCCAAUGCAUUUCAUUCAAACAGCCAAGCAAAUACUAGUUCAGCCUCUUCCAGUGGAUCCCAAGACAAUCCCAUUGAUAAUUGAUGGAGGGUUAAAGCGGGUCUCUAUUUACCUUCUACUUUCAUAAGCAGAUAAGAGAGGUGGGGCCUGUAGAGUUCCCAGCUUUACAGGAAGAAAACUUUAAUCACUAUUCCUUGAUUUCAACACCUGAAU